GUACUUAUCCUCUGCAAUUCAUUCUUUCAUUUACAUCGGCAGUAAUGGCUUCCCCGACAUCCCCUGCUACGCCUGCUCGGAUCAUCGAUCACAUUCUCAGGACAGACACAAGCACGCCAGACUAUCUCCAAACAUUAGUCAACAAUAUUGACACUCUACUCGAUCAUUACACCAACAAGGGGAAACAAACAACCAAUGAUGAUAAGUCGACUUUUGUGCGAGAUGGGCUACCCUCUGCAUCCGAAGUCGCCAAAUUCUCAGAAGAAGCGUCAAAAAGUGUCAGGCUAAUUUCCACCGAGCUAGCAUACAUCUCUGGAGACACACACAGUACUGCUAUAUCAGUAUUGAAAGCCAUCGGAGGUGUUCAUUGGGUUGGGGUUGGGUUUUUAAUGGUAGCGGCAGUUAUUGCAAGGCUAGACAAAAUAAAACAGAACAAGGCGGAGUGUUUAGAACUUCUGAAAUCCAUGAACGGCCUGGCCAAACUUAUACUGCAGCUUCAGCGUCUUCCGCAUCUGAAGAAAGAGAUGCAUGACAAAAUGAACGAAUCCAUACAUCUAAUUGUGGAUGGGGCAAUCUUAUGUUGUGUACAGAAGAAAAGGAAACUCUUAGGAAGAUUGUGGGUAGCUGGAACGGAUGGAGAAGAAUUUGCAAAGCUUCGCAUUCAAGUGGAUGAAAUGAGCAGGAUGCUUCUUUCACAAAUAAGCCUCUCUACUUUAGAUUUUGUGCAGAGCAAUAUAGUUUCUUGCCAACUACCGAUUCCUUCCGAUGAUACUACAGUUGUGGGCAUAGAUCACAAGAUUAAAGAAGUGAUUGAACACCUUGAGUGGGAUAAUGACAAGCCAGCUGUGGCCGUGGUUGUACACGGCAUUGGUGGAGCCGGAAAAACCACCUUGGCAAAUAAAGUGUUUGCAUCUUUAAAUCUGGAGGGCUGGAAAUAUUCAAAAGUCACUCUUAUAGAAAAUCUGGAAAAUAAUCCUAGGAUAGAGGAAAUACAAUCUCAGAUUUUGAGCGACUUGACUGGGAUGAAAAAAUAUGUAAGAGAUUUUCACAGUGGACAACAGGAGCUGAAAUCUAUUGUAGAGAAAGAAAUUGUUUUCAUAUACAUCGACAACAUACUAUGGAGAAAACAUCUGGAGAAACUUCUACCCAAGCUGAUCGACAGUCCCAUAAAAAAAGUUAGGAUUCUUGCAACAGCUAGAAAAACAACUAUCUCUGGAGCGUUGGAAAGCUGCGGAAUUAAACACUGUAAAUCAUACUCCAUUGAAUCGCUCUCUGUCGGGGCAGCCGUACAAAUAUUAUGCAGGAAAAUUGAUAGCGCAAGAGAUAUAAACUCCAUGGUGGAAGAAAGACCUCAGGCAACAAAUAUAGCGGAAAAGUGUAGUUGCUGUCCUCUGUUUCUGGAAGUGGUGGGAGCCUAUCUCCAUAAGCGAGAUAAUAAGGUUGAAGCUUAUGAAAAAGUUAUUGGCUGGUUAAGUGAUGGAAAUGAUUUCAGCUGUGACAAGGAAGACUCUUUUGAGGAGUCUAGGAUUCUUUUUGCCUACCAUGAGCUUACACCCAGUGCUCAGGAGGCGUUCCUUGACAUCUGCUCAUUCUUCUAUGAUUGGGAGUGGAAUGAAGUUGCCUGCAUUGUGGGAGAGGAAGAACUGGAUUGUCUACUGGAGGGUGCUCUGGUAAAAAAAUUACAGGUUGAAGCUUACGAUGGAACAACCACAGAUAUGAUAAGCGUUCACGAUCUUAUACUGACAGCAGGUCGUAAUAAAUCAAAGGGUCGUCGAUUUACUAGUGUACACGACUUUCCUGAGAAUGAAGGGGUAUGCAAAGUUCAUACACUAACUAGUUAAAAAUAGAUAUUAUAGAAUUUACGUAGACUCACGAUAUCUUUUUCUUGGUUUGAAUAUAUACAGGAU